UUCGCCCGUGCCUUCUAUUGGGUCUUGACCUUUUUAGCUUGGAUAUAUAUUAUUUAUCCCUAGUUUCACGUCCGGCCGUUGCCCAACAUGUCCGAAGGCGCCGUUAAGCCUCCCACAGGGGUAGUCGCGGAGGCUCAUGAAGUGGACACAUUUCAUGUGCCUACUGCAUACUUCAAAAAGCACUCCAGUCGCCCCCAUCUGGACAGCUUUGACCACUACAAGCAGCUUUACGAGGAGUCGAUUCGUGAUCCCAAUACGUUCUGGUCCCGAUUGGCCCGGGAGCUUCUCACUUUCGACCAAGACUUUCACACCACACAUUCCGGCUCAUUCAUCAAUGGCGACAACGCCUGGUUCUUAGGAGGGAAACUGAACGCGUCCUUCAACUGUGUCGAUCGCCAUGCGAUCAAAAACCCCGACAAGGUCGCCAUCAUCUACGAGGCUGACGAGCCGAGUGAAGGUCGCUCCAUUACAUACGGAGAGCUGCUCAGCGAGGUCUCCCGAGUCGCUUGGGUCCUGAAAUCGCAAGGUGUGCGGAAGGGCGACACCGUCGCCAUCUAUCUUCCAAUGAUACCAGAGGCUCUCGUCGCCUUUCUAGCUUGCUCUCGCAUUGGUGCUGUUCACUCUGUUGUCUUCGCUGGCUUUUCGUCUGACUCUUUGCGCGACCGUGUUCUGGACGCCAAUUCAAAAUUCGUCAUUACCAGUGAUGAGGGUAAGCGUGGUGGAAAGAUCAUCGGCACAAAGAAGAUCGUGGACGAGGCAUUGAAACAAUGCCCUGAUGUCAAAAGUGUGCUGGUCUUCAAGCGCACUGGAGCCGAUGUGCCCUGGACCAAGGGCCGUGAUUUGUGGUGGCACGAGGAGGUUGAAAAAUAUCCCAAUUACCUCGCUCCUGAACCCGUCGAUUCCGAGGACCCCCUUUUCCUUCUUUACACGUCCGGAUCAACUGGCAAACCAAAAGGUGUCAUGCAUACAACAGCUGGCUACCUCUUGGGAGCUGCCGCUACCGGCAAAUACGUUUUCGAUAUUCAUGACGAUGACCGCUACUUUUGUGGUGGAGACGUUGGUUGGAUUACUGGUCACACAUACGUCGUCUAUGCGCCUUUGCUUUUAGGUGUUGCCACCGUCGUGUUCGAAAGUACACCAGCCUAUCCCAACUUUUCCCGAUACUGGGAUGUUAUUGAGAAACACAAAGUCACACAGUUCUACGUUGCCCCUACUGCACUGCGUCUGCUCAAACGUGCUGGGGACGAACAUAUUCAUCACAAAAUGGAACAUCUGCGGGUACUUGGAUCCGUGGGUGAGCCCAUUGCAGCGGAAGUUUGGAAGUGGUACUUUGAGAGCGUCGGUAAAGAGGAGGCACACAUCUGCGAUACCUACUGGCAAACCGAAACUGGAUCAAACAUCAUCACCCCCUUAGGUGGUGUCACCCCAACAAAGCCUGGCAGUGCAUCUCUUCCAUUUUUCGGUAUUGAACCAGCUAUUAUUGAUCCUGUCUCCGGUGAGGAGAUUGCAGGAAACGAUGUCGAGGGUGUUCUUGCUAUUAAGCAGCCAUGGCCUAGCAUGGCCCGUACUGUUUGGGGAGCUCACAAGCGAUAUAUGGACACCUACCUCAAUGUCUAUAAAGGCUACUACUUCACCGGUGAUGGUGCUGGCCGAGACCACGAUGGAUAUUACUGGAUCCGUGGACGUGUCGACGACGUUGUUAAUGUUUCUGGACAUCGUCUCUCCACUGCUGAAAUUGAAGCUGCUUUGCUCGAGCACCCAAUGGUUGCUGAGGCUGCUGUCGUUGGAAUCUCGGACGAACUCACCGGCCAGGCCGUGAAUGCUUUCGUCUCGCUUAAGAGCGGCAACGAAUCUACUGACCAAGUCCGGAAAGACCUCAUUAUGCAGGUACGAAAGUCCAUCGGGCCUUUUGCUGCUCCCAAAGCUGUCUUCGCAGUUGAGGAUCUUCCCAAAACCCGUAGCGGAAAGAUCAUGCGCCGCAUUUUGCGCAAGAUUUUGAGUGGUGAGGAGGAUAGUCUCGGAGACACUUCUACCGUACGUUGAAUUUUCCUGCUUGUCCCGGUAACAAUUUUGAUCUCCCAUAUGGAGACUGACUUUGCUUCUAGCUUUCGGAUCCUAGCGUUGUUGAUAAGAUCAUUGAGACCGUGAAGGCCUCGCGCAAGUAAAUGGACUUUAGUUAUACGACAAUUGCUGUAACGGCGAGAGACAUUUCCGGGAGCGAAGAAGAAAAUUGGGAAGGAAACCACUAGCGUAUAUAUACGUAUGCAUACAUACAUAUAUAUAUAUAUAUAUAAUCCGAUCGGGACAAGGGGCCUGACUAGGGAGGAACUGUGUAAAUCCUUGCUAUAUGUUCAGCGUGCAAGUCGAUAUUUUGUAUGUAAUGAAAGUUGAUGUUCACAUUAUGGCGCCAAUUAAGUUUUGGGUUUUUGAAAUCAAGUAUAAUUGAUGCUCAUUGUAGCAUAGGUGUCUAUUGUUCUAACAUGUAAUUGUCAAAGGGAAUUCAAAUGAACCUGGC